UGACAUCAACAUUGCUAUGUGACCUAUAUAACCCUUACCUUUCUACUCCUCUCUCUCUCUCUCUCUUUCUCUUUUCUACUUUUCAUCUUUUCCUUCCCUUUCCUUCCACGUAAGCAUACAUUUACAACCAUCCACUUGAAUAAAACCAGCGUACCCACUUACACCUAUAUUCAAACAACCGCCACGUCCAACAUGGAGGAACAUCUCACUAUGCCCACCCACAAAUGCCAUGAGGCCAAGGAGUCCGAGGGCCAGACCACCUCAGGUAUCGCGGCGCUUUCUGCCGGUGCAGCGAUGCUCCAGAGCUUCAAGCCCCUCGGCGGUAUCUGUGAAGCCCUCUGCGGUCUGCACUUGUAUCCAGAAGACCCCAAGCGCCAGGUGAUCGCGUACCACUACUGCCAUGUGAUCGAUGAAGACCGCCGCCAGUGUUUGCUUUAUGACAGCGAUAGCGUGGAUGCCAAACUGAUCGGGGUCGAAUACGUCAUUUCUGAGAAGCUGUUCAAGUCACUCGACGACAACGAAAAGAAGUACUGGCACUCACACAAGUACGAGGUCGAGUCCGGUCUGCUCGUCCAGGUCAGUAAGAGUCUCGUCCCCGAGACCGUCGUCCAAGCGGCCGAGCUCGUCGCACUCCAGGCCCUCGUCAACACCUACGGCAAAACUAUCCAGCUCUGGCCCGUGGACGACCAAGGCGAGUGUUCCAGCAAGGUCCCCACGGGCCCGCCCCAGGUCCUCUUCAGCUUCACCCGCGACGACCAGGUCAACCCCGACCUCCUCGCCCGGCGUGAUCAACAAAUGGGCAUCUCCACCGCCGCUAAGCGCAAGGAACGAGAGGGAAAGAUUCAGGGAAACCCCGUGGCGGAGGGGGCCGAUCAGUGGUUGAAGGGCAAUCCCUGGCAGAUCUAUGAUGAGGGCUCCCAUGUCUCUGUGAAGAAGGUCUAAGUGAUGAAGGGGGGGGGGGGGAAGGAACGUUUCUCUUGGGAAAAAGAAAAAAAAAACUAAUUUUUCUCACGGACCUUGGGGCGCAUACAUCUCAUUUCAAAUGCAAUUUGUAGUCUAGCGGCAUCCUAAUUUGCAAAUAAAAUUCACAAAGAAAAAAACGG